CGUGCACCGCUCUAAAUAUUGCGCACCCACGGUGUACAUGGGCGGGGCUCGUAGGGGUUAUCGUCAUAGCAACGUUGCCUGAUGCUGGCCGGGGAGAUGGGUGCUGCAGGCAGCGUGCGGAGAGCGGCUAAAGAAGAAAUGAAUCAACUGCACGAAAAGACACUAAACAGAGAGGAGGAGAUAGAGAGAGAGGAGGGAGAGCAGUGGGCCAGAUCAGAGGCCAGGCUGCACCGCCUCCUCUCAGAGAAACACCAGCUGGCUGAGGAGCUGCGACAGACCAGGGAGUCCCUCCAGGUCCAGUCAGAUGGCUGGAGACGAGAGAGGAGCAAAGCCACAGCUCUCAUGUUCAGUGAACUACCGCUGAAUAUGAUUCAGACUCAGUCUACUGAGUCCACUAACGGCCCUGGUGGUGGUGAUACACCUCUGACAAAGACAUUUCCCAUGGUCACACUGGCCCAGUGGUAAGAUACAUACAUGCACCAUGAGUAGAGCUAUUCUGAACUAAGAGUCCUAGCUUACGUAACUAGCUAUAUAUAAUCUUGGGAAUUCAGUGUAGACAUUUUAGCUUCGAAUGUCCCUUGCAGUGACAUAGCUGGAUUCUCGUCCCUGGCCUCUCGACUCCAGCCCCACGAGGUGGUGAGAAUCAUCGACCACUUCCACACCCUCGUCGACCAAGCCUUCUCUCACCCCGGACAUAUUCCUCAUGGAACGCACGUCCAGUGGAUGUGUGGCAGCCUGCGGUCUAGUGGAGACUGGCCCAGAGCGACCUCGCAGUGGAGCAGAGUCACAACUGUCCAUGACUGACAGCUCCUAUGGCUCGGUACCAGACCUGAACGAAGACAAGACUGAGACAUUGAGACACCACUUUACACCUUCACUACCAGUCCACCAGCCACCAAACAUAGAUUGUCAAACAUCCCCAGCAUACCUAGACUCUCAGAGGUCCCCGCAAUACUUUGCCAGCAUACUCGCCACUGCGGCUCUCCAGCUUAUGAGCAACUCGACGCAGAUCGAUAUCCCCAACUCGGAGGAGAACCGACAGCUUCAGCUGAGGAUAGCUCUCCACGCUGGUCCCUGCUCUGCCGGGGUCAUCGGUCUCCAGACUUCAGGAGGGAGCGACGGUUCUCAAAUACCUCACUACAAACUGUUUGGACUCUCUCUGAGUCACACUCGUAACCUUUGCCUGACAGGGCUGGCACUCCAGAUACGUGUGAGCAAGCCCUGUCAGGAGCUGCUGGCCUCGGCGGGACAGUUUCAGUUUGAGAGGUGUCCGGACUACACCAUGUGGUCAGCCAGAAGGCCCAUUGAGUCGUAUUGGCCUGGUGGGAGGGAGGGGAGGGAGCUGACACUGCCUAGUCUAGAGACUUGCCUACUCUUUACAUGAGUACGAUGACACCCACAUAUUAUUAGAGACACUGUUGAUGUAUGUGUCUUUUUGUAAUGUAGCUAGCGCACAUACACGUGUAAUGACUAUUAUGGCAAUGGCUUGUAUCACUGGUAAUGCUUGGUUAAUUGGCGGACUCAUAAAGUUCUAUUCGCAUGUCUAUGCAGAUGUCGUUUUGAGUCGUGCUGUAUGUAUAUGAAUAGCAAUGCACUUCUGGACUGUA